GGCGCCCCUAGCGUCCCUAUGGGCCGGCCGCCACUGCUUCCCAGCUUUCCUAAAGUCCAACCCAUGUCCCCUCUUCCUCUUCUGUAGUUUGAGAGCCUGAGUCGUGUUGCAGAGUGUCUCUUCUCCCUGUUGAACGGCGACGACAUGUUCACCACCUUCGCCCAGCUGAAGGACAAGAACUCUCUGGUGUGGCUCUUCAGCCGAGCGUACCUCUACUCCUUCAUCUCCCUGUUCAUCUACAUGGUGCUGUCGCUCUUCAUUGCCCUCAUCACCGACUCCUACGAGACCAUCAAGAGCUUUCAAAAGAACGGGUUCCCAUUGACGGACCUGCAGAAGUUCCUCAGAGAGCAGAAAGAUGUUCCUGUUUCAGAGGAGAGCAGUCCGACAGACGUUCAUGUCCAAAAUUCAGCCUUCUGCUGCUGCCGAAGAGUUCCUGCAGGUGAUGAUGUCGUGCUGAUCAGCUGACAGCUGUCCAACCUCCCAGAGGACACGGAUCACGCAGGAGGAGGAUGCUGGGAACAGGACGUCUAAAACGGACUUACACAUCAACAAUCCCAUUGCAAAAUCCUUGAAGAUUGUAGAGUUACUGAUUCUGUGAAGUGCAAUAUCAAACGCCUAACGAGUUCCAUCUCUUUAAAAUGAAACUGGAGCUGGAGUAUCAGAGCUGGAACUUGUAACAAUAAGGUUUCAUAACAGUAUCUGUUGAAGUUCAGGAUGCUGUUGAGAAGUUUACUGGACGUUUUGUAGGUCUGUUAAUACAUUUAGUACUGGAUUCAGUGUUUUCUGAACUAAACUGUGGCUGCAUCUCUGGAGCUAAGCAACGAGAUGCAUUGAUGUUUGUAAUUUAUUUGUCAUGUGUUGGAGUAAAUAUUGCAGUAAAGCUUCUCUUUUCAUUUG